UCCAAUUUCUACCCGUCAAUCAUCCUCUCACUAAUGCUGGUCCCCGCUCCCGAUUGGGGAGGACGAGGCUGCUCCACGCCCCUCUCCGACACGUGCACAGCAAUCGAACAUCUUAUUACCUACACUUGACGAGUGCAGUACGGUACAGCGCUGUGUACGGAGAGCCACACCCUCUACCGACUCCUUUCCCAUCUCCGUGCAGGCGCCACCAACCAGCCAGCAGAGGUCGUAAUCGCACCAGUCUGAGAGAGAGUCCCCAUCCGGCUUUUAGUCCCACCCUUAUCUGAACAACAGGACAAUCGUUGUUCAUGUGGCCGCUCAGCCUUAGCCAGCAGGCAGAGCCGAGAUUCGAUACGAUACGAUGUAUUCGAGAUCCAGCUCUGGUUCCAGCUGAUAAAACAGACAGUGAAUGAAUGAAUGCAAUUUCAAACAAGUCCGAUUUGGCUGUAAAACCACGAACCUGGCAACUCUGAGGAUGAACCAACUUGACUGACCAGCCAAAGCCUCCUUCCUAUCAGGAGCGCUGUGUAGCGAGAUUACGCCGAAAUAUCGCGAGAUUUCGGACGAGCUCGGGUGGAGGCGGAGACUGUUCGGCUGGAUUCGGUUUUGUUCGGGCUCACGUGUGAACCAGUGACUGCAGUCAGUCUGAUACUGGAACACUGGAAACGCACCGACUUCUCACGUUCAGCCCUGCUGUACAUGCAUUCUGGUCAAGCAUGAGUUUGGUGCUGAAGUUCUACAAUGCGAGCAUUAGGUUGUAGGAUGAACCUGGCGGCGGUGCUGAACGGCCUGCUGGUGUCGCUGGUGGCCGCACUGCUGUGGAAGUACGUCCGGCUGAACGAACACACGGCCCAGCUGGAGGAGGAGCUACACCUCACCCGCCAGUCUCAGGAGCUGUCGCAGGUCCGAAUAGACUACCACAUUGCCCUGCAGGCGCUCCAGGAACAGGGGACGAGGAUGGUCUGCACCGGCAAGAUGCACACCGACCGCAUAUGCCGCUUCGACUACCUUUGCUACUGCACAGAGGCGGAUGAGUUCGUGUUCUUCCACAGUAACGCCUCGGUCAUGCUGCCGAAUCUGGGGCCUCGGCGCUUCCAACCAGCCUUACUGGACCUGUCGUCGGUUGAGGAUCACAAUACUCAGUAUUUUAAUUUCCUGGAACUGCCCGCUGCUGCCCUCAAGUACAUGCCAAAGCCUGUGUUUGUGCCGGAUGCCACCCUGAUUCUGAAUCGCUUCAAUCCCGAUAACCUGAUGCACGUUUUCCAUGACGACCUUCUUCCGAUAUUCUAUACCAUGCAGCAGUACUCGGACCUAGACGAUGAAGCCAGGUUGGUCUUCAUGGAAGGACGUGGAGAGGGGAAUCAUUUCAAUCUGUACCGUCUGCUCAGCAGCAAACAACCUCUUCUAAAAGACCACCUGAGGAACUUUGGGAAGCUCAUGUGCUUUACAAAGUCUUACAUCGGAUUGUCAAAGAUGACCACUUGGUAUCAGUAUGGAUUUGUGCAGCCUCAAGGCCCCAAAGCCAAUAUUCUGGUGUCAGGAAACGAGAUCCGCCAGUUUGCCUCCUUUGUGAUGGAAAGGCUCAACGUUACGAAAGCCCAAGAGUCUGAGGACGAUGAUUAUAUAGUCGUGUUCAGCCGUACCUCUAACAGGCUCAUCCUCAACGAGGCUGAGCUGAUUCUUGCCUUGGCGCAGGAGUUCAAGAUGAGGACGAUUACCGUGUCGUUGGAGGACCAGACAUUUGAAAGCAUAGUCCAGGUACUUUCCGGGGCAUCUAUGCUGGUCAGCAUGCACGGAGCCCAGCUGAUCACCUCCAUGUUCUUGCCACGAGGGGCCGCAGUGAUAGAACUCUUCCCCUACGGAGUCAAUCCAGAACAUUACACCCCGUACAAAACCCUGGCCUCCUUGCCAGGAAUGGAUCUUCAGUACACAGCCUGGAGAAACAGCAUCGAGGAGAAUUCUGUGGCCUACCCCGACCGCCCCUGGGACCAAGGAGGCAUCAAACACUUGACAGACGAAGAACAGGAACGCAUCCUAGCCAGCAAGGAGGUUCCGAGGCACCUCUGCUGUCGCAACCCCGAGUGGCUCUUUCGGAUUUAUCAAGACACCAUUGUAGACGUUCCAUCCUUUCUCCAAGCGGUUAAAGACGGUCUCAAAGCUAAGCCUAAUUUAAAAAAGAUCAAGCCGGGUAGUACGGUACACCCCGGGCGAGUCAGAGAAGCCAAGUGUCAGACUUCGGUCCAAGCCGCCAGGGAAGCGAAGCUCUCGGUGUCCUGGCAGAUACCCUGGAACCUCAAGUACCUGAAGGUACGGGAGGUGAAAUAUGAAGUGUGGAUCCAGGAGCAGGGAGAGAACACGUACAUGCCUUAUAUUCUCCCGCAGCAGAACUACACCUUCUCAGAAAACAUCAAGCCCUUCACCACGUAUCUGGUGUGGGUGCGCUGUAUCUUCAACAAGAACCUGUUGGGACCUUUCGCAGACGUUCUCGUUUGUAAAACCUGAAACGGUUGAAAUUUGUGGGGUGAGCCGUGUCAGGGAAGUUCUGAUUAUAAAUACUGUGAAGAUGAACGACUCUCUGAGGAGCAAAGACGACAACCAAACUGCCAAGAGACUCUGAGAACGACUGAAACUUUGUCCUGAAUAAACUGCAACUAAAACGUUUUCCAUUUCUGAUUUAUUUAUAAGAACGUUGUAAGGUAAUUUAUUUUUAUUUAUCAGUUGAUGAGAUUAAAGUGUGUUAGU